AUGGCUGUCAACAAAGCCGCCGAAGCUCUCAGCAUUCUGUGCCACCUCCCCGAUUUCAACGAGGAGCUCUUCAUCCAACUUGGAGAACCCCUUGACACUUUCACCUGCUUCCCUAAUCUCCCAACCGAAUUGAGAAUCAAGAUCUGGCAUUUGAGCUUCCCCCGUGGCCGAGAAGUCAGCAUCGCGCUUGAGCUGAUCCACCACCAUGCCGGCUAUUCAAUACACAAGCUGGGCAAGGCUGCAGAGACGAAGUGUAACAAUGCCAAGGCUCAACUCCCGGCAACUCUCUUCGUCAACAGAGAAAGCCGACGUGAGACUCUCUCGAACUAUGUCAUCAUCUUGCCUGAGGAUUUCCUUGGCCAUAAGGUGAAGUUUGGCGGAGAUUAUGGUGGUAGCCCUCCAUUAUGCUUUAAUCCGCAUCUGGAUACACCCUACGUCACACUGCCAUCGCUCAAGCACAUCAUGAGCCGCGAGUGGUUCGGGUAUCUGGGAGAGGCAUAUCCGGAGCUGCUGGAUAUGAUCAAGCACCUCAAGGUCCGGGAAUGGAUCUGUGAUUAUGAUGAUCAGGUGGAGUCGUUUUAUGAUGACUGGGGGGAGUUGCACAGGGAGGAAUACUUGAACCAAUUCUUAAAUCUGACGAGCUUGGAGGAGGUCACGUUCAUGCAGAGUUCUCGCACCUACAAUAGUGAGUCACCGGAUCUCCGCAGAGAUUAUAGCCAGUUUUUGGUCGAUUAUUUGGAGGAGCAUAAGUAUGAUUUUGGCGGCGUACCACCUACUUUUGAAUUCCGGGAGGAGAAAAGACAUGCACAUGCUCAUUAA